AAACUAGGCAUUCGUGGAAAACAAACCUUCAGAUUUUGUUUUCGGAAAUGUAUUUGUCAUGCUAUCUCGUCAAUAACUGCGGAAGGGUAACAUUUUGGGAACUUCCUGAUAUACGAUUAUAGUAUGUGAGAUAAACAUGACAUUGUACGUCUAGAAACUUAAAUAACAGAAUGACGGAUUGUAGGGAAAAAUUGAUUGGGCUCAGAAAAUGCUGUACAGGCCAUCAAUGGGACGAGAGGACGGAAAGCUGUAAAAAGUGCGGGUCUGGCUAUUUUGGAGUGAACUGCGGUCAGUCAUGUGAUUUCCCUGAUUUGGAGUUGGUUGCCAAGGAGAGUGUAAAUGUUCACGGGAGAAGUGCAAUGUGUCCUGGGGAUGUCCGAGUCAUUUAAUUUUUGCCAUUUUUGGGUCUUCAACCCCACUCCUUUCUUGGCUGGAAAACAUACAAACUUGGGUAGCAACCCACCCCGCUUGGAAAAUCUUCUGGAUCCGCCACUGUCUUAUCGUAUACUUUUGCUAGAGAAAACGACGACCACCAAGAUCUAUACAACCAAACAGUCUGUAGUCAGCACCUCGAACGAAAAGUAUUACGUCACCACUACCAGAACUAAAUAUAGCACCAUCAGCGCUACCACGGAGACGAAGGUGGAUAAUCAGACUUCAGGGCCGGGAGUAACACAGCAACUCUCUCCAUUAGACGCCUUCUUUACCACACAGAACCUUUUGAUAAUGGCUAUUUUCGGAGUAGGGUUAAUUUUCUUAACUCUUCUUUGUAGGUGUGCUUGUAGAAUUAUUUGCAAAAAAAUAGUUUCAAAGCGAAAAUUGAAUUGUGAUAAAAAGGAAAAUCGCCCGGAUAUUGUGCAAGACGAAUUCCAUUAUGAAGAAAUAUCCAGUAUUUUAGUCGUUUCUAACCAGGGGAUUAGUUAUUCUCCUCUUCUCCAAAAUUCAAAAGACGGGCGAGAGGUAACUCUAGAAGGAUUCAAUACUUCCGAAGAGAAAGAAUGGGAAAACCUAGAGGAGAUCGAAGACCAAGGAUAUGAAAACAAUGCGAUCACUAAAUCUACAAAACAUUUCCCUGUCGAUGAUCCGUCGGAUCAAGAGUUACCUGGUACACAUCAUGGAUUAACGGACUCAGAGGGAUAUCAGUUACCACACUCCUCCUCCACUGGGAUGUCAGACGGAUAUAUUGACGCGAGUUUCUGUAUGGCGAAGGAAACACCUGACAAUGACAGAAGUAACUAUUUGAUUGUGCUUCCUAAUUAAAUCCAUCUGCUCACUGAAAUUCUGUAAUUACGGAACAUGUUACACAGUGAAAUUCUGUAAUUAUGGAACAUGUUACACAGAGAAAUUCUGUAAUUACGGAACAUGUUACACAGUGAAAUUCUGUAAAUAUGGAACAUGUUACACAGUGGAAUUCUGUAAUUAUGGAACGUGUUACACAGUGGAAUUCUGUAAUUAGGGAACGUGUUACACAGUGAAAUUCUGUAAUUAUGGAACAUGUUACACACCGAAAUUCUGUAAAUAUGGAACAUGUUACACAGUGAAAUUCUGAAAUUACGGAACAUGUUACACAGUUAAAUUCUGUAAUUAGGGAACAUGUUACACAGUGAAUUUCUGUGAUUGCCAAACAUGAUACACGCUGAAAUUCUGUAAAUAUGGAACAUGUUACACAGUGAAAUUCUGUAAAUAUGGAACAUGUUACACAGUGGAAUUCUGUAAUUAUGGAACGUGUUACACAGUGGAAUUCUGUAAUUAGGGAACGUGUUACACAGUGAAAUUCUGUAAUUAUGGAACAUGUUACACACCGAAAUUCUGUAAAUAUGGAACAUGUUACACAGUGAAAUUCUGAAAUUACGGAACAUGUUACACAGUUAAAUUCUGUAAUUAGGGAACAUGUUACACAGUGAAUUUCUGUGAUUGCCAAACAUGAUACACGCUGAAAUUCUGUAAAUAUGGAACAUGUUACACAGUGAAAUUCUGAAAUUACGGAACAUGUUACACAGUUAAAUUCUGUAAUUAGGGAACAUGUUACACAGUGAAAUUCUGUGAUUGCGAAACAUGAUACACGCUGAAAUUCUGUAAUUACUGAACAUGUUACCCUGGUUAAUACGCUGUAUGUCGGGGAGAUCACAUCAGAAUUACUAUGUGAUAUUUAACUGAAAAGUAAAGAUUAUUAACAAUGUCAGUUACCCUCAUCAAAAUUUACCGCCGAACGAGUUUGACCCCAAAAAUCUUUAUUGUGUUACAAGGACCAUUGACGCAUUUCUAUAACUAAAAUGAACAGCUCAUACAUGUAUUUCGUGUGUUAUGAAGUCAAAACUAGUUAAUAAUUACUUCAAUAAAACCGGAUAUCACGUACAGGUAUUUGUAUGUUAUAUCAUUAUGAUU